AUGGCUUCAAAGUGUCUGUUUCUGAUGGUGUUAGGUUUAAUGUGCCUUGUGUCCUCGUCUGCGGUGGAGUUUCCCGGAGGAGGACUAGCAGGGUUUGUCACUGGUGGCGGUGAUCCAACUGAUUCAAUGCCAUGCGUGAAGAAACUGAUUCCAUGUCAACCUUAUUUGCAUGCACCGGAGAAGGUGCCGGUGUCGUGCUGUUUGCCGUUGAAGCAGAUGGUUUCCGACGACACGAAAUGCCUGUGUGGAUUGUUUAACAAUGCUGAUACGUUGAAGAAGCUUAACCUUACUCAGGAUGAGGCGUUGAAGCUUCCCAAGGCCUGUGGUGUCAAUGCUGACAUCUCUAUCUGCAAGAAAGGUACCAAUGAUUCAACAUCACCACCCAAAUCACCAGAAACUCCACCAGCUUCCAACUAUAGUUCCCCCAAGAAAAAUGCAGCUCAUUCAACCUCACAUUUCGCAGGAUAUGGAAUUGCUACCUUCUUCAUGGCUCUGAUCAUUCCAGCAGCAGCAUUUUAG